AUGACUGUCAAAGGGCACUUUGAUUAUGUUGCCUGUGACUCCCCCAAGAAAACGCUCCUUGUCUGUCGUGACGUCUCCAUAUUUUUCAAAGCUGCACAAGAAACCAAGAAAUAUAGACCACUUCGAUGCGAAUGUCAUGGGGGAAUCGUUGCAGACGCUUGCGAAACUGAAACCUCAGCUCAUUCAAGGCAAGAAUCCUGUGCAGAAAACCCCUGGAAGCUUCUCGUUGCAGUGACUCUUUUGAAUAAGACCGCAGGCAAGCUUGCGAUCCCCGUUUUCGAUAAGAUCUUGUCAAGAUGGCCGACGCCUUGGCUCUUGUCACAAGCUCCUGAAGAUGAACUCGUGGAUUUGCUGCGGCCUUUAGGCACGUACAAUGUUCGUACCAAACGCUUGGUCGACCUUUCUCGUGCCUACCUGAAAGACCCACCGUCGAUACACGACGAAAGAACGUCCAGAGCACACUCUCCCCACGUCUCUCCCCGAAAACGCCGAAAAUACCAGCCGACUGCGAUCAGCCACUUGCCGGGCACUGGUGCAUAUGCGCUGGACUCCUAUCGCAUCUUUUGUCUGGGAAUGUUCUUAGACGAGUGGAAGGAAGUUUAUCCUCUAGACAAGGAGCUCAUCAAAUUCUUGAGGUGGAAAUGGGCUGUUUUUGAACAAAAACAGUGGGACCCCGUGGCUGGGAUCGAGGGGCCUAUCGACAUUCCAUAUAUUGAGAAGAUGAUCCGAGAGCUCGAAAUGAGCAAGAUAGACAAAUCGAUUACAGUUUCGCUCGGGGAAGAGGUUCCCAAUCCACUCGCUCGAUCUGUGGACGAAUGA